GAAUUUUGGAAGAUGCGGAAAAAGUGAGGAGGUGAAAAAAGAAUAUAAUUCCUUUUGUAAUUUGUAUAGGAAUAUAAGAAAAGUGAUUCAUGCAUGUGUAAGUCAAGACAUUGAACUGAACUAAACUCGCACCUUCGGAUCCCCUCUCUCUCUCUCUCUCUCUCAUCCAAUAUUCAUAAACCCUACUUCUACUUCUUUUUUCUGUAAAUGGGUUGGAACCUCUUCUUCUGGCUUGUGAUUUGUUUCCCUACCAACAUUGCUCUUCUCGCUUCUAAUUUCUACCAGGUGUUGAUUUUAUCUGACUUGGAAAGUGACUAUAUCAACCCAUUUGAAGCUUCAUCUCGGAUUAACUAUUUCAUUCUACCUGAGUUCAUUGGACAAGGAGUGUUAUGUGCACUCUGUCUCCUCACUGGUCAUUGGUUGAUGUUUUUGCUCAAUGUUCCUGUUACUUGCUAUCAUGCCAUGCUGUAUGUGAAACGAGAGCAUCUUAUUGAUGUUACUGAAGUGUUUAGAGUACUCAGUGCCGAGAAGAAAUUCCGGAUAGCCAAACUUGUUUUGUACUUAAUAGUCCUCAUUGUCGUCAUCUUCAGGCUUACAUUAAUCGGUGUCUACUAUUUAGGCCUCGAAGACGAUGAUGACUUGAAAUACUUUUGGUAACUCACGUGUGCGAUGUGGCAACAAAUGUGUGAAUCCCCUCCCCCUCCCUUUGGGGUACUGUUGGCAGGAACCUUUUGAGGGAAAUUGUGAUUUGAUCUGUAUCAUUAGGUUUAGGACUUAGAAUUCAGUUGUCACAGAAAUAGUAAUCUUAGGUGCUAAUUGAAUGAAAUUGCAUAUCCAUCGUAUAUUAUAUGUGCUUAAGGGUAUGUUUGUUUCUACAUUUUGUUAAAUUUUUUUGUGAAGUAUUUAAAUUUAACAACUGAUUUUGUGUUGGUCAAA